UUACAAUCCAAAGUAUGGUAGUCCCAAAAAUGAACUCAAAACAGCCACUUUGGUAUUCAUCUUUCUAUAGUCACACAUUUCAUCUUUUUAGCCUUGUUAUAUUUCUUACUAUGAUCCCCACAUGUACUUCCGAUGGCAACGAGACCGAUCAUCUAGCGUUGUUGUCGUUCAAGUCGAUGAUCACCCAAGAUCCAUAUGGCGCUCUAAGCUCAUGGAACGCUUCUUCCCAUUUCUGUAACUGGAAUGGUGUUACGUGUGGGAACCGACACAAAAGAGUGACUAGAUUGCGACUAUGGUCACAAGGCCUAACAGGUUACUUGUCUCCUCAUAUAGGAAACCUUAGUUUUCUUAGUAUACUUGUGAUUUAUAAUAAUAGCUUUCGAGGAAAUAUCCCUCCCGAACUUGGUCGUUUAUCUAGGCUAAGUUUACUCAAUCUUUACGACAACCAAUUCGAGGGAGUUAUUCCAACGAACUUGUCGGGUUGUUCCAACCUCGAUACACUUGUGAUUUCUGCUAACAAGUUAGUUGGAACCAUACCCAAGGAGAUCGGUUUCCUCACAAAACUUAAAGAUAUUGUUAUCGAUGAAAAUAACUUAACAGGCGGAAUCCCUCCUUUCUUGGGGAAUCUUACAUUGAUAGAAUCAUUCUCCGCUUCUAGAAAUCCUUUAGAUGGGAACAUACCGGACACGUUAGGCAAUUGGAAACGAUUAAAAGAACUUUAUAUUGGUGUUUGUGACUUAGCUGGAAACAUCCCUUAUUCCAUUUUUAACCUCUCUAGCUUAACUGAUAUUUCCAUGGCUGAAAAUCAGCUUACGGGUAGUCUUCCCUCAACGAUAGGUGCAACGCUUCCUAAUCUAAUGAGACUUCAGUUAAGUAAUAACAACUUAACUGGACUACUUCCAGUUUCAAUAUCCAACUGUUCAAAAUUAGGAUUUAUUGAAAUCAGUAAUACUUACUUAAGUGGCAAGUUGGAUGUAGACUUUUCGAAACUAACAGAUCUUUACCAAAUAACCUUAGAGGGAAAUCUUCUUGGAAGCGGCGAAUCUGAUGAGAUGAAGUUUAUUGAGACAAUGAAAAAUUGUAGCAUGUUACAAAUAAUUGCUCUUGGUUAUUGUAGAUUUAAUGGAUUGCUUCCAAUAUCAAUUGGUAAUCUUUCGAAUCAACUCUAUUAUCUAGACUUUACAGGAAACCAGUUAUAUGGAAAUCUCCCUUCUAGUAUAGGUAAUCUAGUUGGCCUUACCAAUUUAAAUUUGGGAGUUAACCGAUUCACGGGAAACAUCCCAUCUACCAUUGGUAAGCUUCAAAAUCUACGUGUUCUUGCUAUGUAUGAGAAUCAACUUUCGGGGUCAAUUCCAGAUCCUAUCGGAAAUUUAACAUUGUUGCUUAGACUAAUUUUAAGAUCUAACAGAUUUGAAGGGAAAAUUCCAUCAAGCAUAGGAAACUGUCUUAAUCUAUUACAAAUAUCUCUUAGUGACAAUAGACUCACAGAGGAAAUACCUAAACAACUUCUUCAACUUUCAUCUCUAUCUGGAAUAUUAAAUCUUUCUCACAACAACUUGUUAGGUUCACUUCCAUCAGAGGUUGGAGAUCUCAAGAAGUUAUCUAACUUAGAUCUAAGUCAUAAUAGUUUAUCAGGUAACAUUCCUAAUAGCCUUAGUGGUUGCACUAACCUAUUUUACUUGUCCCUUAAAGGAAACUUGUUUCAAGGCAUGAUACCGCCAUCAUUAAGUUCUUUAAGAGGGUUGGCGCUACUUGAUCUUUCUCAAAAUAAUUUAUCAGGUCAAAUUCCCAAAUUUUUAGAACGGUUCUCAUUAGUAUAUCUAGACUUAUCUUCAAAUGAUUUUGAGGGUGAAGUACCCGUUGUCGGAGUGUUUGCCAAUGAAAGUGCAUUCUCUAUUGUGGGGAAUAGUAGGCUUUGUGGCGGCUUAGUUCAACUUGGGUUAAGGAAAUGCAAGGAGACGAGGAAACGACGUAAGAAAAAUAAACCUUUAAUCGUGAUCAUCAUUGUGGUAGCAUCCAUACUUUUCAUCUUAUUUUUGUGCUUUUUGUACGCUUGGUUCAAGAAGAAAAGCAAGGGUCAAGAGUCUCAAUCACUUCACUCUCUUGAUCAAUCAUCUCAUUCAUCAUUAAUGAAUGCACAGUUCUUGAAAGUUUCUUAUAGUCAACUUCUUGAGGCUACCAAUGGCUUCUCCGAAGAUAACUUGAUUGGAAAAGGUGGGUUCAGUUCCGUGUAUAAAGGAACCCUUGAUGUGGAUGUUGGCUUUAAAUAUGUUGCAAUCAAAGUUCUGCAUCUUGAAAUUCGAGGAGCUCACAAAAGCUUUAUUGCGGAGUGUGAAGUGUUGAGUAGUAUUCGACAUCGAAAUCUUUUGAAGAUAAUAACUUUAUGUUCAAGUGUAGACUUCCAAGGUAAUGACUUCAAAGCUUUAGUAUAUGAGUUCAUGCCAAAUGGAAGUUUGCAUGAUUGGUUGCAUUCGAGCAAAGGUAAGCGUGGACUGGACCUUCUUCAACGUAUUAAUAUUCUCAUCGAUGUUGCAUGUGCACUUGAUUAUCUGCACAAGCAAUGCGUGACAACCAUUGUUCAUGGUGACUUGAAGCCUAGCAACAUUUUACUUGAUGAUGAUAUGGUGGCUCAUGUUGGAGACUUUGGUUUAGCUAAAUUUCUUGGAACAAACUCACACCAAAACAAAGAGUCUUUGGGGAUUGAAGGAACCAUCGGAUAUGCACCUCCAGAGUAUGGUAUGGGGAGUGAGAUGACAAGUAGCGGGGAUGUUUAUAGUUUUGGAAUAUUACUAUUGGAGGUAGUAACCGGGAAAAGGCCAACCGAUGAAAACUUUAACGAUGGCGUCAAUCUUCAUCAAUUUGCGUACAUGGCCUUGACAAACGGGGUAAACGAUGUUGUUGAUGGUAACCUACUAAAUUUUCACCAAGAAGAUACAAUUGAUGCUAUUGCUAUCAAAAAUAAAGUUGCAAAAGCAAAAGUAAUAGAAGACUGUCUAGCUUUAACCAUCAAGAUUGGAGUAUCAUGUUCCAUGGAUUUCCCAUCAAGACGUAUGGAUAUAAAGGUUGUUGUCCAUGAGUUGCAACGUAUUCAACAUGCACUAAAUAAUAUUUGAGCAAGUGAAUUUCAAGUUAACAACAUACAUCUUCCAACUCAAAGUCCAAUUCUAACAAUCAAGAAGAUAACAAUCAUCAUCGUUAAGACAAGACGAAAUAUAAGGAUUAAGAUCAACUCCAUUCUCUAGAGGGCCACUUGAUGAACGAAGAUCACUUAAAGUCCAUUUAAGUAAUUGAUCAUCAAACUCAAUGCGAAUGUGUUUUAGAUGCAAUAGCUUCUUAUUUAAUUGCGAUGGUAUUGCCCCGAACUACACCCCCGAUUUUGAUAACUGAUGUUGAAUUGUAUUCUGGGGUUUCACCUUUUCGAGGUUUUUUUAAGAUUAUUAGCUUUGUUUUUUAAUGUUAUUUCUUCCUUUAUUGUUUGUUAUUUGGAUUUUUUUUUCUCUCUCUAUGUCUCUUUGUGUUGAUUAUGUUUUAUAUUUGUAUUUGUAUCGUAUUCGUGAGAGAUGACAGAAUAGGAAAGUUUUGAUGUUUGAAAUAAAAAUUUGAAUUCCGUUUUUGGACGCUUUGUAUUUUA